AUGUUUGGAGCCAAGAUUGAUAUACAAACAGGUUCAUUUUGCCUUUUAUUUGGUGCUUAUGAAAGGAGAAGCAAAGAAUGUUUAAAUGAUAGUUACCUUGAUUCAAAUGGAUUAGGUAUUUUUAAAAUGCGAUCGCUAAAAUGGAGUCAGUCUAAGUUAAGAUGGCCAAGAAUCUGGAUGGUGAGUGAUCUUGCUACAUCGCUCAUGGUGACUAGAAAUUUAAUCCAAAACCACCACCUAAUUGUCCCUGCACGUGUCGAAAUGACUGAACCAAAAGAUGAGCCAGUAUUGAAAUGUUGA